AUGUCACGUACAUCAGGAGGACUUAUAGAGAGACUGAACCAAGGACCGGUGAUCGGAGACGGAGGAUUUAUCUCAGAGCUUGAGAGACGUGGUUACUGUGAGGCUGGACCUUGGACUCCUGAGGCUGUCAUCGAGAAUCCGGACGCAGUUAGGCAGCUCCACAAGGAGUUCAUCAGGGCCGGCUCCGAUGUCUGUCAAGCGUUCACUUACUACGCCAGUGAAGACAAGCUCAGUCACAGAGGCAACAAGGCAGGAGUGUAUGGGUGUAAAGCAAUCAACGAUGCAGCCUGUAAAAUAGUGGCAGAGGUAGCAAAACCAGCAGGAUGCCUUAUAGCAGGGGGACUAUCUCAAACACCUACUUACUUGGAAGGAGGGGAGAACAGUAAAGCAAGAGUAAAGGAGGUGGUUAGAGCACAGCUGGAUGUGUUCAAGGAAAAUGAAGUUGAUCUCAUGAUACUAGAGUACUACGAGCAUAUUGAAGAAGCUGAAUGGCACAUUGAAGCUGUGAAGGAGUAUCUGCCAGGGGUACCUGUGUGCUGUACCCUCUGUAUUGGGGAGGAUACAGAUGUUCACGGGGUUCCAACAGGAGAAUGUGGAGUGAGACUGGCGAGGGCAGGAGCUGACGUGGUUGGAAUCAACUGUCACUUUGAUCCCUUCCGAUGUAUUGAAGGAGUGAAGAAGAUGAUAACAGCUGUUAAAGAGGCCGGCUUCGAUAAGGUACACUUCAUGACGCAACCGAUUGCCUUCUAUACUCCAGACGCGAACGUACAAGGUUUCAUUGACCUCCCUGAGUUCCCCUUUGCGCUAGAACCCCGGUGGAUUACCAGAUUCGACGCAGCCAGAUACGCCAGAGUUGCUUACGAAGCAGGUAUCAGGUAUAUCGGUGGAUGCUGCGGGUUCAUGGCGUACCAUAUCAGAGCAGUUAGCGAGGAGUUAACAGCUGAGCGAGGUGAUUACCUCCCUGUCAAUUGUAUCAACUGGGGGAAAUGUCUGGAAAAACACACGAAGCCCUGGGUACGAGCAAGAGCAAGCCGAAAGUACUGGGAGGAACUCAAUCCAGCCACGGGUAGACCCUACUCUAGUUCCCACAGCAAGUGUGACGGAUGGGGCGUAACCGUCGGAGACGAGUCAUUAAAAGACGACACUAAAUCUUAACCAGAACAAGGAGGAUUUGAUGCAAAGAUUU